AUUAAUAGUUGAUUACUUGUUCGAUAGAAACUAUGUCGGAUGAAAAUGGAGAAGAUCAAGAAAAAAAAUCUGAACCGGAUGACUUGUCAAUAUACGAUCUUUCUCUAUAUGAAAGUGACAAUGCUCUAGCCGAUAAUGAGUUUUUUAGAAAGUUUCAUAGAGGAGAGCUACAAAUUUUAAAGGAAAUAAAUUGUUGGAUGGAGAAAUAUGACGUAAAAAAAAGUAACGACAAUGAAAUUGAUGAAUUUUUAGAAGAUUCAUAUUCAAUAAUUGAUUUGAGCGAAUUGAACGAUGAAGAAAAAUCUCUUCUGCAAGAUGAAAAGAGACAAGUCGAAGAAAUGACACUACAAGAAAUUCUUGGAAGAUUAGCGAAAGACUUGGAUUGAAUUUCUCCUAUUAUAUACUAUGUAUAUAUAAAUCUCUAAUUAUUUUUAAGGCAGUAUCUCUUUUUGUCUUCAAUUGUACUAAUACUAAUAUAGAAGUUGUCCUAAUUAAAUACUGUGCAUAAAACUUUCUCUUCUUAUUGACGACACUUGAAAUACAGCUGCAUUACCGUUAUUAUCUUUAAUUUUUCCAUUUAAAAGGUAUUAACAAGCAAAUAAGAACCAUUUCUUUUUCAUAUAAGAUAUUUAUUUUUAAAUGACUUCUAAAAGAUAUUCUCUGCGAUACUCUAAUAGUUCGUACGUCUUUUUG